UAUUUUUUGAUCUCCUCUCUUCCUGUAGUUGCUGGUAACUAUAGCACCAACAUUCUGUAUUUGGCUCUGUAGCUGUGAGGAAUGGCUAUGGAAGAUCCUGACAAGAAGACUGAAGUAGUGCUGCUGGCCUGUGGGUCCUUCAAUCCCAUCACCAACAUGCAUCUAAGGCUAUUUGAGCUGGCUAAAGACUACUUCCAUGAAACAGGAAAAUACAAAGUAAUCAAAGGAAUCAUUUCACCAGUAGGUGACGCAUAUAAGAAGAAAGGUCUGAUCAGUGCCAAUCACCGAGUAACUAUGGCAAAACUAGCUACAAAAAGCUCAGAUUGGGUAGAAGUUGAUGACUGGGAAAGCUGCCAGAGUGAGUGGUUGGAAACACUCAAAGUUUUAAGGUACCACCAUCAAAAGCUGUCAUCUCCUGAUCCCACAAACAGUUUGCAGAAUGCUAUACCUUUAACAAAGCCAGGACGGAAGAGGAAACAGGAACCCAAUAGGCAUGACCCCAUUAAAAAGAAAAAUCAGAGUCCAGAUAUAAAAAGUGUCCCACAGGUUAAACUGCUUUGUGGAAGUGACAUGCUGGAAUCUUUUGGGAUCCCCAAUCUGUGGAAGUUGGAGGAUAUCACUGAAAUUGUGGCAAAUCAUGGCCUCGUAUGCAUCAGUAGGGCUGGAAACAGUGUUCAGAAAUUCAUCUAUGAAUCUGAUAUUUUGUGGCGUCAUAAGAAUAAUAUUCACCUAGUGGAAGAAUGGAUCACAAAUGACAUCUCCUCCACCAAGAUUAGGAGAGCACUGCGGAGAGGCCAGAGUAUUCGUUACCUAGUGCCUGAUGCAGUUCAAGCGUACAUAGAAAAACAUAAUCUGUAUAGUCCAGAGAGUGAAGACAGGAAUGCUGGGGUUGUCUUGGCUCCCUUACAGAAACAUGCAAGCGAUUCCAAGAACUAACAGGCAUUAUACAACUUUCACUCUUUCUGCUGUGUAAAGGCUACAGUUCAGUGCAGGAAAAUGUUUGAUCUUUUCUAGUAAAUAGUGAGCUAAUUCUGUGGCUCUAGUACAUGUGUAGUUGCUACUGAGGUUGCGUGUGCUCAAGAAUUGGACCUGCACCAUCUUUUUUUUUUUUAUAUCCAGUAACAAGAGUUUGAUUUUGAUUUUCGUAUCUAAACAUUUUGUCAUGGUUCAGUGAACUAAAUGCAAGAGUUGACCUUAGCAUACAAGAAUUACAAAUUAACAAAGAGCAAACGAAAAUAUUCUGAUUAGUUUGACUGCUCAGACUGUUAUUUAUAAAAUACUAAAACAAAUGUUUUUAAUACUUUAUGGUGUCAUAGGUAGCAGACAAAGCCUUUUCAAACCAUUUCAAAAUGUACCACUUACUGAUAGUAAAUCAGUAUAACUCAGUUUUUAAAAGUUGCCAACAUAUGAUGGAUCUCAAAUAAAUGUUUUAGCUCUAUCCUGGAAGGGGAAAACUUACUCCUAGCUGAACUGGUGCUAGGUAAGUCAUGCUUUCAGUUGCUUCCCUUUCAAAUAUACAGCCUGUUUGUCUGCCAUCAUGCAGUUUUCUCCCAGAAAUGCCUUGUGCUUCACUUUUCCGUUCACGUUUCCGAAGCUGUACUUUAAGCUCAGCACUGUUUCUCGUGAAGGGACAGACCUACUCCAGAAACUGGUUUAUAGCCAUUGAAUGAACGGGUAAAGGUUAAGAAUAGUGUCUUUGCGCUGAUUCUCAGACAGUUGUCCCUUUAUUUCAAAUGGUAGAAGAGAUUUUUGCUUUUGAGCCAAGAAAAUGCAGCCAGAAUUGCUUUCUGGAACUGGAUCUGAGAAGAAGUGGUAAGAGACUAGGACUAUAUGUAAAUGAAAUGUUUUUGUUUCCUAGAAAUCUGUGUUUGAAUCUAACAAUAUAUUGUAUUACGUGAGUAUAAACAAGAUAGGCACCUUGAAUGUCACGGUGAUAGAAUUCUACCUCCCCUUCUUUUCUGUCAUCCCAUUCUUUUGUGCGAAUUAUGUGCCUUAUAAAAAAGGGCAAGGUUUCCAAGAUGCUACCUACAUAAUAGGUCAACAGCUUUUUCAUACCAUCUCCACAAAACUCUGUUCACAUUGUCCAGAUCAACAAUGCCAGCAGAAUGGGAGAUUCUCAUGGCAGGGAGUCCGGAAGCUGGUGGACAAGUCUGGAACCAAGGACUUGCUGCAGAUCGUAACCAGGACAACCUGUCAUCCUCCUUCCUCAGGCAGGGGAUCCACAAAGAGCCGGGGCUCCCUGGGAGCUUACGAUGAGUCUGGAAGCCAGCAGCCACAUGCAGAACGUGGGUGGCCCUAGACCCUGCAGGGCUAGUCUAGAAUCCAGCAGGGAAGUCAAGGCUCUAGCAGGCAAGCCUGUAACCCAGUGAUGGACCUAGCACCAGGCAUGGAAGCGUCAAGCCUCAACAUGAAAUUCUGCAUUUACAGUAUAUUAGAACCUCUGUUCUGCUAGCUCCAGCCUGUACAGGUGGCUGUCUACAGAGAAUCUACAAGGAAAUCUUUAAUGGCACAAAAUGAAGUCACAACUUAGAAGUUCACCUGUAACUGCACUGUGAUUGAAAGUAGCAUCAAGGAUUCCUAGGGGUUUUUUUUCCUGGUGAUUCCUGAAUCAAAUAUGCUCUGUCUGCUGUUUUUUCCCCUAAAGCUUAGGCAAAUUCACGCUGUUCUUUGAUAAUGAGGCUGCAUUCACGUAUCAUCAACAAAAUAAAGGUACUGAAGGCCAAAUUAUGCCCCCUGUCGCGCCUUAGCAAACAAACUGCCAUAACUGAUAGAAGGUACACUGUAUUAUUAGUGGUGCAUAGGAAGGGACAAGAUCUACUUUUUUGCCUGCUGCUAUCUCCAAGGCUGACAAGAAUAGAGAGCAAGCAAGAUGUAUUCUCAGCACUCAAGUCAGCUACUAUGCUUCUGAAUAAACACAGCAGAUCUUUCCAAUGAGAGCGCACCCUAUUUAUGUGGUCACUUUUCAGAGUAAAACUGCACUUUAAAUUUAUUCUUGUAAAUGAUGAUGCUGGUGUGUGUUGCUGCACUUUGUGUAAUUCUAGAGAAACAGUGCAUAUUCAACAGGAUGUUUUAUAGAGCUUUGGUCUUCAGACAAUUAUAUUUCACUGGGUUUUAAUGUAGUUAUAUGUGAUGGGUCUUUCAAUAAAAUAAAUUGCAUGUAGUAUGCUAA